UUGAGGUCAAAUAAAUCUAAUUAGAAAGACGUACAAAAGCGGAUUUCACCCAAAGUAAAAUACUCAAAAGGUGAUGCGUUUGCAUUUACAAUUGCAUUGUAGCAAAGUGAAAAAACGGAGCAGAGGGAAAGGGGGGAAAAGAAAGAGUGGUUUUAGUGUGUGAUGAGACGAGUAUUGGCGGUAAAUUGGUGGAGGAGGUGGUUGAAAUUGUUCCAAUAUUAAUAAACACACAUUCUACGGACACAGUGGUUGCUUCUUGGGAAAAAAAGAGAAAAUGAAGGGCGGGGGUGGUUGGGGUGGUGGUGGCGGUGGAUUGGGAUUAGGGUUGAAGAGUCAAAGGCGAUGGAGAGGGCUUGUUAUUGGAGUGCUGGGACUCGUUAUCCUCUCCAUGCUGGUUCCUCUUGCUUUUUUGCUAGGCCUUCACAAUGGCUUUCGCCCUGCGCCUCCGGGAUAUUUGCCUGAACAACAAACUUCAGCUUCAAAUGGUUUUGGAGAAUUGGACCACGACCAUGUCAGAAACACUUGGAACGAGUCUGAGGUAAUGCAUCUUAGUCACACCAUUAGGCCAUAUUUGCAGAUUUCAUUUGGAUGCUGUACAAUUUCAUUCCUAAAAACUUGUUCAGGGGAUCAAUCUAGCCAUGUACGUGAACUUAUUAGAAAAUUGGGACCUACUCUUCCAAAGGAUGUUCUUAGAGACUUUACCAAUGAAGCAAAGAAUAAAACCAUUGGUAGGGGUUCCGUGAACGAUAGUCAGCCAAAAGAAGGUUCUUUUGAACUUCUUAUCUUAAAAGUGUUGCUUUCAAAAACCUUCCUUGUUAAAAAGAUGUUGAUUCAAUAUUUUCUUGUUUCUAUUGUUAAUUAUCUACAGGCUUUCCAGUGCCUGCGUGGCUCUCUGCAAUCACCUCCCAGUGCAAAUAAUACUAAAGUUGGUGCUGUAAUUGAAGUCCCCUUAUAUACAAAAGAUGUACAUGAUGUUGGAAAAUUAUGUGAGUUUAAAUUUGGUAGUUAUUGCCUUUGGCGUAAAGAACACAGAGAAGAUAUGAAGGAUUCUAUGGUGAAAAAAUUGAAGGACCAAUUAUUUGUAGCUAGAGCAUACUAUCCUAGUAUUGCAAAACUUCCAAGACAGGACAAGUUGUCUCGUGAAUUGAAGCAAAAUAUUCAAGAACUAGAGCGUGUUCUUAGUGAAAGUUCUACAGAUGGUGAUCUUCCACCACAGAUUGCUAAGAAGUUACAGAUGAUGGAAGCUGCAAUAGCCAAAGCCAAAUCAUUUAUUGUGGACUGCAACAACGUUGACAAGAAAUUGAGACAAAUAUAUGAUAUGACUGAGGAUGAAGCUAACUUCCACAUGAAACAAAGUGCCUUCCUCUACCAACUUGCAGUCCAGACUAUGCCAAAGAGUCUUCACUGCCUGUCAAUGAGAUUGACAGUAGAAUAUUUUGGAUCACCUUUAAAUGACACGGAACUCUCUUUGGCUCAAAAAUAUUUAGAUCCUACGUUGCACCACUAUGUCAUAUUCUCCAAUAACGUUCUUGCUUCAUCAGUAGUAAUCAACUCAACUGUUAUGCAUGCAAAAGAAAGCAGGAACCAGGUUUUUCAUGUGCUUACAGAUGGGCAGAAUUACUUUGCAAUGAAAUUAUGGUUUCUGAGAAAUACUUACAAGGAAGCCACAGUUCAAGUGUUAAACAUUGAACAUCUUAAGCUGGAAAGCCAUAUCAAGGCAACUCCAUUGUAUCUUUCCCUGCCAGAGGAAUUUCGUGUUUCCUUCCUCAAUGUUGAUAGUCCACCAAUGGCUCCUAUUAGAACAGAAUACAUAUCUAUUUUUUCUCACUCACACUAUCUUCUCCCUGAAAUAUUCCAGAAUUUGAAGAAAGUUGUGGUUCUGGAUGAUGAUGUUAUUGUGCAGCAAGACUUGUCAGCACUAUGGAGCCUCAACAUGGAAGGGAAAGUUAAUGGCGCUGUGCAGUUCUGCUCAUUGAAGUUAGGUCAACUGAAGAAAUAUUUGGGUGAAAACAGUUAUGAUAAAAAAUCUUGUGCUUGGAUGUCUGGAUUGAAUGUAAUUGAUCUGGACAGGUGGAGAGAGCUAGAUCUUACUGAAACUUACCGAAAGUUGAUGCAUGAGCUGGCCAUGCAUGAGGGAUCCAGUGAAGCUGUUGCAUUGCAUGCAAGCUUGCUAAGCUUUCAGGACCUAAUUUAUGCCCUUGAUGGUACUUGGUUACUGUCUGGGCUAGGACAUGACUAUGGCAUUGAUAUCCAAGCAAUUUCAAAAGCUGCAGUUUUGCACUAUAAUGGUAACAUGAAGCCUUGGCUCGAGCUGGGAAUUCCAAAAUAUAGAGGUUAUUGGAAGAAGUAUUUGAAUCGAGGAGAUCAGUUCUUGAGUCAGUGCAAUGUAAAUUCAUAAUGUGCUGAUGGUGGGAAUUCAAUCCUUGAGAUUCCUCCAAAUAUAGUGAUCAAGAAGUGGGGAUGUCCAUUUUUGGGGUGCUGAGAAAUUUUUCUUUCAGCUAGUUGUUCCAGAGAGUAUUGAGUUGAAUGGAAGAGAGGGCCAUACAAAGGCAUUGUUCAAUUUUUUUGGUAAAUAAGAGCACUUGAAUAUUUAUACUUUUUCCCUGGCAAAGCAGAAGAGAUUUAGCUCACUCUUGACAGCUGCAGUUGCUAUUAUUGGGCAUUUAUGGUAUGAGUUGCUAUUUGAUGGACAAUGCGGGGAAUGAUAUGAAGAGCUUUAUUCUCUGCUUCUUAGCUUGGUGAAGUGAAUGAGUGGAAUGGAGGAAGCCAUGACAAAUUAUUUCAACCCAGCAAACGUGUGAUUGAGUGUUUGCUCCAAGGGGAUUCAAUUGUCAGGCAUGAUGUAAAUGAUUGUUGGUAGGAAAGCAAGUAGUGUGAUGUCUGUCUUUCAGUUUCCACUCAUCAUUUGAGGCCUUACCUCAUCUGAUUUGAACGAAUCUUUUAUUCGGUCAUGAGAAUGUUAAUGGAUUAAAAAUUUCUUUGCAAUAUA